GGGGCCAUUUUACCGCUCAUCAUAUUGGUGUCACCUCGGUAUUUGGCCAAGCCGCAGGCUCCCCUAAGCAACGAACAUCACGGUUGCCUGCGAAAGGCAACAAGUGGUGACCCCGACGUGAUGCUUAGGGGAAUGAGUCGGCUGUCUGCUUGACGGGGCAGGAGCCCACCGCGGAGCGUUAGCACUUGCUGGGCGGUGGAAGCCGGGGGACAAGCCCGGGGACAGAGGGAAUCUGCAGUCACCCCUCUGUCGGCGGAGGUCGCGGACGAGCGACAGAUAUACCCUCCGGAAUCACGCCGGAGAAGAGCCUGGGAUCCUGGUCUCAACUGGGAGGAGGAUCGGAGGCGACAUGGAAACCGUCAUAAAGGUGAUCGUUCACGCGUGUAAGACCUAUCACGGGAAGCAUGCUCCUUCUCAGAAGGAGAUAGCUGCGGUCCUCUCGUUGCUUGAGAGGGAGGGGCUAUUAACAUCGCCCCACGAUAUUUGUGACCACAAUAAUUGGGAUUCGAUUACCGCUGCCUUAUCCCAAGGAGCAAUGGUCACUCAGAUAACAGUGGAGUUAAAAACUUGGGGUCUGAUACUGGGGGCGUUGAAAGCGGCCAGAGUUGAGGGAAAGGUAUUGGCAGAGGCUCGAUACCUUUUGGGUCUCAGCGGAGGAGGCGAGACAUGGGACCCGGUCGGGUCCGAUGGGGACUCGGGAGCAGUUUCUUGCAGGGGCCGAGAGGAGACGGAGCCGCCAAUGACCGUUGGCGAGAUGGCGCCGGCUGAGCCGACCGCGCUCAGUUCAAAAGAAGACAAACAACAAGAGAGCGAAAGGCCGUUGUCUCGUCCCCCUCCCCCGUAUCCGAACCCCUCAGGCGGAACGUUGUAUCCUUUAUCAGAAUUACGUCAGUGUUACCUGACUCAAGGGGGCGGAGGAAGCUGUGAUCUACAUGGGCAGGAUCAACUUAGUGCCCACAUGGGGAGGGACCAGACGAAAGGUCCGUCCAAUGCGGACAGGGGGCAGAGCCUACCGUCUCUGGUCUCUCCCAGGAGUGAUAGUGUAGAGGAGAAAGAAGGGACUGGCUUUGAGUGCAGGGGGAAGGAUCAAAUGACGGACUGGAAUGGGAUUAGAUCGGAGGCUCUGGGGAAGGGUAUAGUUCCAGAGGCAUUCCGGGUGAUUGUGAGUGAUCGUGGUCCCGAAUGGGUGCCGCCUGACCCCGGGGGUGUUACGCGCCUGGUGGAAUUUAUGGAUAAAAGAGGCCUGAAAUCGCCUCUGACAUUAAAUGCACUACAAACUUUGGCUGCACUGGGGCCUCUCUUCCCCCGUGACAUCACAAACUUAAUGCGUACGGUGCUCAGGCUGGUUCAAUAUACGUUAUGGGAGACGGACUGGAUGGCCGAGUUGGGGGGCCGUGCCGGGGCGGCAGUGGUCAGCCCGCGCCGCUCCCUGCAUGGGACUGGCAUACAGCGGCUUUCAGGGAAGGCCGUGGGAGUGGCUUCGCCCCAGGGCCAGCUAGCGAGACUGAGGCCAGGGGAGCUAAUAGCAGCCACAGAUGCAGUGGUGGAAGCGUUUAAUAAACUUGUGCAUAAGGCCGAACCACCUACUCCGUGCACAGAUAUUACCCAGGGCGCGAAUGAAUCCUUUCAAAGCUUUGCAGACAGGCUUUUAGCUGCUGCAGAGGGGUCUGAUCUCCUGGAACCAGCCCAAGGGCCAGUGAUCAUUGACUGCCUGCAACAGAAAUCGCAUGACAAUGUUAAGGCAUUGCUGCGAGCCGGCCCAAGUACGCUUAAUACCUCGGGAGAAGUUAUUCAGUAUGUCUUAGAUAAGCUCAAGGUGGCUCAUUUAACUAAUGAAGGGCUAGCCACAGCUAUUGUCGUAGCUGUUGGCUUGCGGCAGCAAAGAUUGCUGCAGCAGCAAGGGCUGUGUUUCCGAUACGGCCAGUAUGGCCAUGUUAGAGCACAGUGCCCCUGUGGGGGAGGCCAGUCAGGGCCUCCUGAUCACAGGAAGGGCUUACUAAAGGGUAUCAGUCGUCGGGUAUGUGGCAGUUAAACAUCAUGAAUCUGGGAAAAACUCUGUGGGUACCAUCGCGAAAAGUAAUACCAGAUAUAAGUAACAUAUCUGCAAAAAGUGAGUCUAGGUGCGAGUUUUCUACAGAAAUUCUUCGUUGGCAAACCGAAGCCAACUCCAGAACAACUGAGGGACAGACGAUGGGAUUGAGGAGCACUCAUCAAGAGGAGCACUACACCUGCAAUGCUGACACUUCCAAUGUUGCCGAUGUUUAUGGUGUCCCUGGCGAUUACAGCGUGUUGCAAACAACUACAAUGGACGCAAUAACAUCUGCAGAAGAUUAAAGAAGAGCGUGAUCCCUUUGGAAACUGGCUGAACAGACUGUUUGGGGAAACGGGUUCAUGGUUAAAGCAAUUGCUUAAGGUUUUCGCAAUAGGGUUUGCAAUCUUUGUGUGUAUUCUAAUCUGUCUUCCACGCUUUGCAGGAUGCUUGUAGAACUGCCUUCAGCAAAUUAUGGAAAAGACUUUUGACUAUCAGAUUGAGUAUCAUAGACUGCGUGAAAAGUUGUAGAAGGGUUUAGGUUGUUGCGUUCAUGCUGUAACGGGGCAAGGCUUAGCUGAGCACGGGAAAGGAUUCCCUGUUGCUCUGAAGUUUGCUUAAGAAUUGUAGAAAGUAGUAGGAAUAGUGUGCUGAAAUAUAUUUAGGAUUAGGCGUUUUGCGUUGCUUCGCGAUGUACGGGUUAGGCGUGUGUGUAAGUAGUAUUUAGCUUAGGGAGGGGGAGAUGUUGUAGUAAGCGUCUUGCGGGGGCACGGGAUGUAUGGGACAGGCCUCUCCCUAAGCAUAGAGAGACAGUGCUAUCGUGCUGACCUUGAUGCAGAGAAAACAGGAGAAGAAGAAGAAUGAGAAAAGAAUGUGGAGACGGCCAAAUAGGGCAUGGUGUUGUCUGGUAUGAACCAAUCAGAGUGGGACAUGACAGCACGGUUUUGUAGGUAAAAAUGUAAUAUAAGCUGUGUUUUAGUAGUGAAUAGGGGCCAUUUUACCGCUCAUCAUAUUGGUGUCACCUCGGUAUAUGGCCAAGCCGCAGGCUCCCCUAAGCAACGAACAUCACGGUUGCCUGCGAAAGGCAACAACAACUCAGCAGAAUAGGAGACGAAGGGUAUCCAAAACCAUGAAAAAAUGGAGGUAAGUUCAGAGGAAUCGAUGUUACCACUGUAAUUUCAAAGAGUAGGCUAAGUGGGGUACCUGAUAAAGGCAAAGCAAGAGGAAGAGAUUAUAUUGCCAUUUUCUAACAUCAGCAGUUUCAGUUGUCCAUUUAAAGCUGUGACUGAACCUUGUUCUAGGGGAAAGUUGCAAGGUGGAGUCGUUCCUGGGGAACUCAGUAGUGUCUUAAUUCAGAUUCAAACUUAACACUAAAAUUGCUCUUAAAGACUUCAAAACAUGUCUGAGGAACAUUCAAUCUCACCCCAUACAUUUAGUUUAGUAAAAUCUGUAUUACAGUUAAUAAUACAUGCUUGUUUCUAAAGUAGUGUCAAAAGUCACUUGAUUUGGCAUGCCUCUCAACGUUGGAGUAUUUAUUUACAACAAAAUAUAUCUUCUAUAAAAUAUAAGGCUCAGUCUUAUCUCACAUUUGUGGCCUUGUUAAGGGACAUAUAUAGAUAAGAGGUAAACAGUCUUCUAAAAGAAUAUAAGCAAUUUAUCUAAAUCCUUUUGGGAAAACGAAUAGAAAUAUAGACUUUUUGCCUGCCAUAUAGCAUAAUGAAUGACUGGACUAAUAAUAGUAUCUAAAAUUUUGCUGCUGGUUACAUGCUGUUCAGCAGGUCUGCUGUGUUAACUCCUCUCUGCAGAGACCACACUGUCUCUCACCUUCUUUUAGGCUUUAUCAGCAGUUCCUCAUUUUGUGUGAAUGCCCUUUCUCUAUUCCUUUGAUUCUUCUCUUUUUUUCUUACAGUAUAUGUAUCAGUUUCUUCCUCUCUGUAACCCUUUUCUCUUUUCACAUGCCUUUCAGUAAUUUUUGUUUCCUUCCCUCUCCCUGCUGUCUCCUUGUCUUUAUUUCCUGCACCCUUAAAACAUUCCUUACCCUGCAGAUAUGUAUUUUGGAUUAUCUGAGAGAUCAUCUUAUUUCUUGCAAACCAGUGUUUUAUUGUAAAACAAUUGAUUCUGAUUUUUUGGGGGGUCAUGCUAUAACACACACAUUCUGUAUGAAAACAGCUCCCAAAUCCACCUAAAUUCUAAUUUACGUUCCCUGCUAUAUGUGUAUGGAUGAAGAGAAAAAAGAAUACAAAUAGUGUAUCUUUAAAGUAUGUGUCCAUUUUUGUUUGCUGUCCAACUUGCAAUUAUUUGUUUCAUAAUUUUUUUUUCUAUUUCAUUUUUUAAAAUCCCAACACCUACAAUAUAUAGAAAUAAAAGUAAUGAUGUUAGGAAUGACCAAUUUUAAUAAAUAUGUUUAAUCCAAUGAAUAUUAUAUAUUGGUUGGAUUGUUUUUUCAGAGCUUCCAAAUGAAAAAAACAUCGUUUUUUUUAAAAAAAGAAGAUAUCAUUAAAUUGUGUUUUCAGAAGCAUUUAUUAUUAUUCUUAACACCACUAUGUCACACACAAGUUUCCUCGUUUUAGAACUUUUAAAUUUUGGUUGCCUGCAAUGAUAACUAUAUGUUUCUUCCUUUCCUCUUUUUUAAAACUCAGUGUCUAAAACUGAACACCAACCUGAAAAGGAUUUUUCAUCAUAUUUCUUACCGUGUUUCAAAGACACACUUCUUACUUCCUUCUAAACUUUACCCGAGAGCUAAUAACCCCUCGACAGAUUCUUUCUCUCAGACAAAAGCGUCUGGACAGUUACUUGUCAUUGUAGAUAAGAUUCCAUAUUUAUUAGAAACCUGUUAAUGUUACCUUCUUAUAUUGAAAUUCACAGCUGCAACAAGAUAUGGUUCAAAAAUAUGGACAAUUUCAUACAGGUGAAAUAAAUAUGAUAUACUUAA